AGGAAAGAUGGCGGCGGGCUCGGAUCUGCUGGACGAGGUCUUCUUCAACAGCGAGGUGGACGAGAAAGUGGUGAGCGAUCUGGUGGGCUCGCUCGAGUCGCAGCUGGCGGCCAGCGCGGCCCACCACCACCACCUCGCGCCGCGCACGCCCGAGCUGCGGGCCGCGGCCGCCGGCGCGCUCGGGAACCAUGUUGUGAGCGGCAGCCCGGCCGGAGCCGCGGGCGCAGGGCCGGCCGCCUCCGCCGAGGGCGCGCCCGCAGCGGCGCCGGAGCCGCCCCCCGCAGGUAGAGCGCGGCCGGCGGGUGGGGGCCCGCGGCGCCCGGGCUCCAGCUCACCGCGCCGCUUGCUUGUCCCCGCAGGGCCCGCGCCGGCGCCCGCCAAGCUGAGGCCGCUGCCCGAGGCCAUGCCGGGCGCGCUGCCGGGGCCUGCGCCCGGGACCCCCGCGGGGCUGGCGAAGGGUGCGGCCGCGGCGACCCCCAGCCUGCCUCGGACGCCAGCGGCCACCACCGGCGCUAUCCGGGCCACGCUGACGCCCACCGUGCUGGCCCCGCGCCUGCCGCAGCCGCCGCAGAACCCGACCAACAUCCAGAACUUCCAGCUGCCCCCAGGAAUGGUCCUCGUGCGGAGUGAGAAUGGGCAGUUGUUAAUGAUCCCUCAGCAGGCCCUGGCCCAGAUGCAGGCCCAUGCCCAGGCCCAGCCUCAGAGUACCAUGGCACCCCGUCCUGCAACCCCCACAGGUGCUCCACCUGUCCAGAUCUCCACCGUGCAGGCUCCAGGAACACCUAUUAUUGCACGGCAGGUGACCCCAACUACCAUAAUUAAGCAAGUGUCUCAGGCCCAGACGACGGUACAGCCCACUACAACCCUACAGCGAUCUCCCGGGGUACAGCCUCAGCUGGUUCUGGGUGGCUCCGCACAGCCAGCCUCACUUGGAACAGCCACAGCUGUUCAGACAGGGACACCUCAACGAACAGUCCCUGGGGCCAGCACCACCUCUACAGCUGCCACGGAAACUAUGGAAAAUGUGAAAAAAUGCAAAAGUUUUCUAUCUACAUUAAUAAAACUGGCUUCCUCUGGUAAACAGUCUACAGAGACAGCUGCUAAUGUGAAAGAUUUAGUACAAAACUUACUGGAUGGGAAAAUUGAAGCAGAAGAUUUCACUAGCAGGUUAUACCGAGAACUGAACUCUUCACCUCAGCCUUACCUUGUGCCUUUCCUGAAGGUGAUUGAGGGCUUGUGCUGCCCACUUCUGGCAGGGCAAGGUUGGGGUAGCGCCAAUGAAGCAAAUAGCUGGCUUCAUGGGUCAGUGCGGUGGCCCCUAGGAUGUGUGUGCUCAUGCACUAUGCUGGCUGUGCCCCAGGUGAUCCAGCAGCCCCCGAAGCCUGGAGCCUUGAUCCGGCCCCCGCAGGUGACCUUGACGCAGACACCCAUGGUCGCAUUGCGGCAGCCUCACAACCGGAUCAUGCUCACCACACCACAGCAGAUCCAACUGAACCAGCUGCAGCCAGUCCCUGUGGUGAAACCUACCGUGUUACCUGGAACCAAAGCCCUGUCUACUGUAUCUGCACAAGCAGCUGCUGCCCAGAAAAACAAACUCAAGGAGCCGGGGGGAGGCUCCUUCCGGGAUGAUGAUGACAUCAAUGAUGUUGCGUCAAUGGCUGGAGUGAACCUGUCUGAAGAAAGUGCAAGGAUAUUGGCCACAAACUCUGAGUUGGUGGGGACGUUGACCCGAUCCUGUAAAGACGACACCUUCCUCCUCCCCGCGCCUUUGCAGAGGAGGAUACUGGAGAUAGGUAAAAAGCACGGCAUCACGGAACUGCAUCCAGAUGUAGUGAGUUACGUGUCUCAUGCCACACAGCAAAGGCUGCAGAAUCUUGUAGAAAAAAUAUCUGAAACGGCUCAGCAGAAAAACUUCUCUUAUAAGGACGACGACAGAUACGAGCAAGCGAGUGAUGUCCGGGCUCAGCUCAAAUUCUUUGAACAACUGGAUCAGAUUGAAAAGCAGAGGAAAGAUGAGCAGGAGAGGGAGAUCUUAAUGCGGGCAGCAAAGUCUCGAUCCAGACAAGAAGACCCAGAGCAACUAAGGUUGAAGCAGAAAGCAAAAGAGAUGCAGCAGCAGGAGCUGGCACAGAUGCGACAACGAGAUGCCAACCUCACUGCACUGGCAGCGAUCGGGCCCAGGAAAAAGAGGAAAGUGGACUGCACUGGGCCAGGAUCAGGAGCAGAGGGCUCAGGCCCGGGCGCAGCAGUCCCAGGCGGCUCCGGCGUGGGAACCCCCAGACAGUUCACACGGCAAAGAAUCACGCGGGUCAACCUCAGGGACCUCAUAUUUUGUUUAGAAAAUGAGCGUGAGACAAGCCAUUCACUGUUGCUCUACAAAGCAUUCCUUAAGUAACAGGAUGAGCCGGCGUUUCUGAUGGGAUGCUUGCGGACGUUUUUAUAUAUUUGCAGAUUACGCCUUUUUGUAACAAGCAAAUGGGAUAUUGUUUAAAAACAGCCACCUCUUUACAAUGGAGCAGUUUUAUACUCCUGUUUAUAAAUCAGCUCUUCAGUGCGGCAGAAACCGUGUCUGCAGCAGAGAGAACACAAAGGCCUGUGGAUGCUCUCACAGGACAGCUGACCCGAGCUCAUCCUCGGCUGAGUGGCCUUCUUGCCAAACAAGCCAUAUUUAAAGACUGAUGGAAGCGCUUAGCAAAUAAUUAGCAGUUGCUCAUCCCGUGUGCGUUUUGGUUCAGCUCACCCUGACUCCCGCUAGGUGUAUGUCUACAGCCGAUGACCUCAUCUCUUCCUUUCUGUUGUAGCAGUCAGUUGGCGAAGCAAACUGACUUUUUAGACUAUUUAUCACCCCGCCCCUGCCCUGUCCUGUCCCUUCCCUCCCGUCUACAUGAAGCUCCCCAGGAACACAAGCUCCAAGCAGGGUCCCGGUCUGCAGUGGAGGCCGGGGGCAGCACCUGUACAAACACGAUUGAUUUGCUGCAGUUUGGAAGCUGUGAAGUGGAAGGAAGUGAGAGCCUAGGAAGUGAGAACCUUUUCAGCGUAAAUAUAUUUUACUUGCACUGUGUUUUUAGCUCAGAGUGAAGACUUAGAUGAAAUAAAAUCAGAGUUGAGAAGAAUCAACAACAGACUGUUUCUCAGUGUGGAUCAAGUGUUGGAAAUGGUUGGUGUAUUUUGUCAGUAAUUGUACAUAAUUUUUGGCACAUAACAUAAAAUGGCUAUGUAAACUAUAAUUAUUUUGCUAAGAGACUGUAUGCAAGCUGUGGCCAACCUUACAGGCGUCCAGAGCAAAGCCCCUUCUUUGUACCUAUUUUUUUAUUACAAAUAUACUAAUUGGUUCUUUAUAUUUUCAGAGGUUAUUGUAUUAAAUUGUCUAUUGAUAGUACUUUUAUGACUGUAAAUACUUGGCUUUCUCCGUGUGGAUUCUCAUGUUAGACUUCAAUUCGCACGUGUGAACUGAACGCUGAUCAGUAUUUUUUAAGACACCCAAGAACUGUUACACCUUUCAUUUUAUCUUUUAGGAAAUCCCCGUCUUUCCAUUUUUUCAUGUAAAUUUUGCACAGUUACUUGUUAAUAUGUAAAUAUUUUACUUUCAGAAAUGAAGUUUUUAAUUGCUAUUGUUUUAUAUAGGAUUGAAAGAAAAUUAACUCCUUUAUUAAAAACAAAUUUAUCUGUA